GCGUGUUGGUAGUAGGCGAGAUUGUGAUGGCUCAAGCGGAGCGCACGAACCGGGGACCCCCGGAGGAUCGUCCGCGACCCAGAAAUGUUACCAGGGAGCAGGCGCUGCAGUUGGAAGGGUACAAGCAUGCUUGCCAUGUGUUGCUCUACGCACCUACCCCGGCUAAGCUGUUCGAGCGUGUCCCCAUCAGACAUGUGCUACUGAUGAUGAUGCGUUUCGAUGGGCGACUGGGUUUCCCUGGAGGUUUUGUGGAUGUCAGAGAUGCCACCCUGGAAGAAGGUUUGAACAGAGAGUUAUUGGAAGAGAUAGGGUGCUCGUUCAGUAAAAUGCAGGUGACUGAAAAGGAUUACAGGAGUGCGCAAGCCCGGGAACAUCCGCAGAAAGUGGUCACGCAUUUCUACAUCAAGGUACUGGAGUUGGAAGACAUACAGCAGGUUGAGGCUGACUCCGUGAAAGCCAAAGAUCACGGACUAGAGGUCAUGGGUCUUGUUCGUGUGCCCUUAUACACCCUGCGUGAUGGAAUUGGAGGUCUGCCAGCCUUCCUGAGCAACAACUUUAUUGGAAACUCUAAGAGUCAGCUCCUCUAUGCACUUCGCACUUUGCGUCUGCUUCGGGAGGAUCAGAUCCAGGAUGCCAUCUGGGCUAGUCAGAAUAUCCAGUACUGACGCUGAUCAUUGAGGAAUCUGUGUCUAGGGGGAAAAUGACUUUUACUUCCUAAUUGUACUGUACCAAAUAAUUCCCCUUAAGUCAGUGGACUGCGGCUGAUACUUAAGAUAUUAUUGCUCAAAUGCAGCGUCGGCACCAAACUAUACAGUUAGUAAUAUGUCUGCACUCCUAAAGCACUAGCCAAUUCUAAGCACUUAAUAGUCUCCCUUAGCGCACAUGCCUCGAUACCUUUAGGACAGGUAUUUAAAACAAACAGGAUUAUGAGUUAUAUUCUAACUGCUGGUAUCUGUUGUUAAAAUC